GAUCCUGGAGCUAAGCGGAGAACCCCAGGGGACUCUGAAAGUUUGUGUCUGGAGCGGUAGUGGGAAGUGGGCUUACUGCGAAGGGAUUUUCUUGGGAAGUGAGCUGACUUCAUUUUGAAUGCACAUCCCACUUUAACCCCUGCAGCCUCCGGUCCGAGCCGUGGACGGCUGGCGUCCUCUGGGGAUUCUCGGAUCUCCGAGAACACUGGACGGGAGCCCGGGGCGGUUCUCUCUCAGGCAGGGAAGCAGACGUUUUCCUGUCUAAGAACACAAACGACUCGUAGACGCGCACACGCACCACACGCGAGAAAGGAAUCUCGCUGCUUCCAGGCGGCUCCGCCCGGUCCCCUCCUGCCCUCAGCAUCCUCGGCCCAGCGCGGAUCCGAUCACCAUGGAGGUGCUGGAGAGCGGGGAGCAGAGCGUCCUGCAGUGGGACCGCAAGCUGAGCGAGCUGUCAGAGCCCGGGGAGACCGAGGCCCUCAUGUACCACACGCACUUCUCAGAACUUCUGGAUGAGUUUUCCCAGAACGUCUUGGGUCAGCUCCUCAACGACCCUUUCCUCACAGAGAAGAGUGCGUCAUCGUCGUCCAUGGAGGUGGAGCCAUCCCCGACGUCACCCGCGCCCCUCAUCCAGGCUGAGCACAGCUACUCCCUGAGCGAGGAGCCCCGGGCCCAGUCACCCUUCACCCACGUGGCCACCGGUGACAGCUUCAACGAUGACGAGGUGGAGAGUGAGAAGUGGUACUUGUCGACAGACUUGCCUUCCACCACCAUCAAGACAGAGCCGAUUACGGAGGAGCCACCCCCGGGUCUUGUUCCUUCUGUCACCCUGACCAUCACAGCCAUUUCCACCCCUUUCAAAAAGGAGGAACCCCCUCUGGAGAUGAACACGGGGGUCGAUUCCUCAUGCCAGACAAUUAUUCCCAAGAUUAAGCUGGAGCCUCAUGAAGUGGAUCAGUUCCUAAACUUCUCUUCUAAAGAAGCCUCCGUGGACCAUCUGCACUUACCCCCAACCCCUCCCAGCAGCCACAGCAGUGACUCAGAGGGCAGCCUGAGUCCCAACCCAUGCCUGCACCCCUUUGGUCUGCCUCAGACCCACAGUCCUGCCAGGGCCGUGCCCCGGGGCCCCUCUGCACUUUCCAGUUCCCCUCUUCUCACAGCUCCUCACAAGCUUCAGGGAUCAGGUCCCCUGGUCCUGACCGAGGAGGAGAAGAGGACCCUGAUGGCUGAGGGCUACCCCAUUCCCACCAAACUGCCCCUAACCAAAUCAGAGGAGAAGGCCCUGAAGAAGAUCCGGAGGAAGAUCAAGAACAAGAUUUCUGCCCAGGAAAGUAGGAGAAAGAAGAAAGAAUACAUGGACAGCCUGGAGAAGAAAGUGGAGUCUUGUUCAACUGAGAACUUGGAACUUCGGAAGAAGGUGGAAGUUCUGGAGAACACCAACAGAACUCUUCUUCAGCAGCUCCAGAAGCUUCAGACUCUGGUGAUGGGCAAGGUUUCUCGGACCUGCAAGUUAGCUGGCACGCAGACUGGCACCUGCCUUAUGGUCGUCGUGUUGUGCUUUGCUGUUGCGUUUGGCAGCUUCUUUCAGGGCUAUGGGCCCUAUCCUUCUGCCACCAAGAUGGCGCUGCCCAGCCAGCAUUCCAUGCCAGAGCCGUACACAGCCUCCGUUGUGAGAUCCAGGAACCUGCUGAUCUAUGAGGAACAAUCUCCCCUGGAGGAGUCCUCCAGUCCAGCCUCGCCUGGGGAGCUUGGGGGCUGGGAAAGAUCCUCCCUGCUCAGGGCCUCAGGGCUGGAGUCCCUGCCAGAUGUGGAUCUUCCCCAUUUCAUUAUCUCCAAUGAGAGCGGCCUGGAGAAGUCUGUGCUGUUGGAGCUGCAGCAGCACCUGGUCAGCACUAAACUGGAGGGGAACGAAACACUAAAAGUUGUAGAACUCGACAGAAGAGUGAACACCACCUUCUAAUGAGGCCGCCUCCACCCCCACCCACCCUGCUUCCCCUAACUCUGCUUCUCCAUCCCCACUCCACCUUCACGAGGUUCCCUCUGGGCCGCUGGGUCUUGAUGGAGACAUGGAUGGGCGUUAGUGGUUGGGAUGGGAGACCAGCCUGGGUUUUCCGUCUUCUUGCCCUGUUGCUCCCGAGCCCGAGGGAGCUGGCAUCUCUCCUCCGUUUCCCCUACUGCCAUAGGAAAUUGUUUCAGGGGUGGGGUAGGGGUGGGACAAGCAGGCUUGUUUCCACCUUUAGUGCCAAAGAGAUACUGCCUGUGAUUCGCCCCUGUAAGGUGUGACCCCUGCCCCACCCAAAAAGAGAUGACUGUUUCAGAUGAGACCCCAGACUCUAGCCACAAAAACAGCAUGAGGCCAGUUGGGAUUUGGAAAGCACUGACUUUUGUCCUCCCUUGCUCACACCUGGGCCUCCAGUGUGACAGCCCCAUCAGCCCUGGGAGCUCCCGGGCAUCCUGACAGUACCCUCUCUCCACUCUGCCCUUGGAGCCCUGCUGGACUGCCCCCCACUCUGGUGCAGGCAGACUAGGGCCCCCCGUCAUAUUCUCAGGCCGCAAGUGCAAUGCCUGAGGCAUCAGGCUUUUCUCCUCCAGGCAAACCUGCCCACCCCGUUGCUUGUAGAACCUCCCCCCAGCCUCUCCCCCCCCACACACAUAGUUCUGCCUUCCCAGCUUCUCCUCCCCGUUUGUAAAUAGUAUUUAUUAGCUUGCCGAGGCUUCCCACUGGCAACCAUGCUGAAGAGAUUCGGGGCCUCCCUUGAAGCUAGCAAUAUCUUCUGUUGGCCUUCGGACCUAAGAGGGAUCCCCAUUUUCGAUAUGAUGUUUUAUUUGCUUCCUUUUUUUUUAAUUGGAGGUCUGUAAAAUAAUGACUAUGGAGAAAUAAUGCGUGUCCCCCUGUUGGAUGAACUCAGAAGGAAUGUGGCCCUGUGGCCAAAUGCUAUCUCCAGUUCCCACACCUGAGAAGGGAAGCCCUGUCCCCACGGCUGGCGUUUCCGAGGACCCUGCUCCUGCCCUCUACACCUGCCUCCCCCUCCCUCAGUCCCACUUUGCCCUCCCUUCACCAUCUCGGCUGAGGGUGGGGGCGGAUGGCGUCUGGUGUGCACCUUCUUAUCUUUUAUGGUCAGGUUUGGCUACUUCGCAGCUCACCCAAAGAGAUAUAACCUAAGCCCCAACCCACUUUUAUUAUUAUUUUUUAAUGAUUAAAAGUAACUUUUGUAGUUUAAAAAAUUUUUUUUUUCUCUUUCAUACAUAUAAGAAAUGGAAAUUGCCUUUCUGUUGUACAAGGUAGAAGACUCCCUUUAAAUGUUUUGAUGUUCUUGUUCCCCACCCCCCCCCAGCUUGUAAAAGAUUUUGUGCGGGAAAUGUGCUUGCAUUGUGUACUUUAGUUUUUAGUAGCCGCUGAGGGCCUUUAGCGCUGGCUGCCCUCCCUCUCCCUCUCCCUCUCUCGGUCUCUCUCACUCUCAUUAUCUACAUGGCCAAUGGAGCCCGUACCUAAGAGGGAUCAUGUCCACCUGGGCCUCCCAUUACAUAUCAGAUGUAGGAUGUGGUGUCAUGGGCAUCUGCCAUCAUAUUCCCUAAACAGCUCUCUGCUUUCUCUGCCUGGGUCCACUUGGGGUCACCAAGGAGAGUGACCCCUCUGUCUCCCUGCUGUGAGCGGAGGUUUGUGAUGGGAUUUAGCUGGGCUUACCUCAUAGUGUGUCAGAGCAUGGUGGCCCUGCUGUCUGUAGGGUGCUGGCUGCUGGUUCAGACAUCUGGGCUGUGAGGAGGAGGGGCAGCUAGCGACUUCUGCUUCUGCUUUCCUUGGCUCCACCCUCUCAGGAGUCUGAUGCCUCUGGGCCUGGCUGGUGUCUGGAAACCACAGGCCUCAACACACACCAUCCCUUUCUUUAAAUGCCAGGUACUUAUCACAUGUAGGGGCACCUUUUGGGGCCCUAACAGCAAAAUCACAGAAUUAACUCUAAUAGGUGCUGAGAAAGGUACUCAAAUGUAAGGGCAGAAGAGAGAUAUGGGCCAGCGCAUCUAUGUGCUGCAUCUGAACCUGAAGGGGUUUAUAGGUAGCCAGGUUAGAAAACCCCACUCUUCUGAAUAGACGCAAGAAGAGGAAGGAAACUUGUAGCCCUUAGUGCUUUGAGGAUUUUAUUUUCUCCCUAUCUAUCCUUGCUGGACAUUGCUCUGUCCAAACAACAGGGCUUUUGCUGUGGGACAGAAAUGGAGACAUACCCUCCCAUUUGAGGAAUGUCCAGAACAGGGGACAUCAACCAGAGAGCUCAAAUGGCCUCUUAAAGAGGCUUCCAAGAGCCAGCCUUUCUGCUUGUUUGAAAAAGUCUCUGUCCAUCACGGUUGGCUUGGGCGAACUAAACGGUGGUCCCUUCAGGAGGACAGAAUGGGGUUGAAAGGACACAGAAGAGUGGGAUCACACCAAAUUGGUUCCAAAUACUUAAUGGAUUUUUGCACAAGUCCUGUUCAAGGGUUGAGCUCAGAAUAUUAGUGGAUUUGUUUUCCAUAGCAAGCAAGUAGGCCCAUAAAUCAGUCAAUAAUUUGUGGUUAGCUCCAAGGAUUUCAAACAGUGGCAGGCAUUGGCACCUGAACUUUAAUUUUGACAAAUCUGAGACUGUUAGAGCAACCAGAAACCAUAACAAUAAAUCUCAUUACAUUUUCCAUCAUGUAAACAGGUUUUCUCUCUUCUCUUUCAUUGAUUACACAAGUGAAAGAAAUAUCCUGCAAAGACUCAAGUGAUUUUUUACUGGAUGAGAAGUGAGUGACCCAGGACCCCCACCCCACUCCGUGUGGUUCUUUCUACAGCUCUCAACUUUGCACUUAGAAAUGGACACUGUAAAUGAGAAGGCUCAGCGCCAGCUUUAAGAAAGAAUUUCUGGGAAGUGUCAGGACACUGGAAUCUCACUCACAGAACGAGCGUUCUAGAAAAGUCUUGACAGCUGAACUAAGUUGCUCCAUGUCAGCAAGAGGUGGGGGUGGGAUUCGAUAUCAAUGCAGGCAAGAUUAGAUAACCUUUGGGUAACAUAAACAAUUUUGAUUUGCAGAUCUAGUUUGUAGACUGGGAAAGCAGCUGCCAGUUCACCUUAUUUACAAAUAACUAUAAAUUCAGAUUUUUUUUUUCCUUAUUAAUCUCUAGGUUCAGGUUGGAUACCAAAAGGUGGUCUGAGCCUUAUAUGGAGCGGGGGUAUUGAAUUGAUGCUUCUCUACUCAGGCACUGAGUCAGUGUCCAGUAGUUUUGUCACACGUGCUUUAUUAAAAUUCUUUUUCAGCAUUUCAUGUCCCCUCCUUUCCCUGUUCAGACACCAAGCAAAAGCAGAAGAGCAGAAUCAGAGGCCCCUCUGGGCCAGCUCCUCUGAACACAGGUGUGCAUGUGAGCACCACCUCCCAUUUGAGGCAUGUCUAUCCCUGCAACCUGACCAAAAUGGGGACCUGGAGGAGGGAGAGAAGGCUUGGCCACCCUCUUUGUUCCACCAUAGGUCACUAUUUUGCUUCUGUUGAACCUAAUCUUUGAGAAACCUGGAUGAGAGACCUUGGCAUUCCUGCUUGCAGGACUGGAAGGACUUAGGAAGCCAUUUGCCACAGGGGAGUCCCAGAGUGAGGGACCUCCCAAUUGAAGGUUUUCAGCUGAGACAAUUUGCACACGUAAUAGGCUGAGCCUGCCUGAGAAGACAGGAGAGAGGAGGGGGCUGUGAGACGGGGAUCCAGAAGGAGCCAGAGACGGAUUCCAGAUCAAUCAUUCAUCCAUCCAUUUAUUCAGCUACCCCUCAGACUUCAGUUUGCUAAGAGAGCUGCCUGAGGCCACAGGCAAUGUUGGGGCAUAAGAGAGACCGAAGAAGGUUUAUUUAAUCAGUAGCUAUUCAAAAGACCCAAGUGCUAGGUGUCCCUCUGUCUCUCUUUCCCUUUGUGCGACAGACACACACACACACACACACACACACACACACACACACACACACGCCUCCCUUAUCUUUGAUACUUACUUGUGCCUUAAAUGUGCCUUAUGUAUGAACCCAGGACAACAGGAACCCCUUGUCCCGGGAGAUGUUAUAUGUAGACUUAUGAGAUUGAAGUGAAUGUGGGGAAAAUAACUUUUUCCAAAACCUCAAAAUGGUUUCCUAAAAGUAAGCCACUGUUUUUAGGUUCACCCAUCAGGAGAAAGAAAUAGGGUUAUAUCCAUUAGGAAAAUCCAUUUUAUAGAGGUGCAAUCACAUCAAAAUAAAUGGACAGCCAAGAUUAAAGGUAUUAUAAAUCCUCACUGCAAAGCAUUUUCUGAGUGCAGAGGAACCUGGUCCAUCUGAGGAUUAAUGCUUCAUGCUUCUGUGGUCAGAGGGUCAAAACUCACCAGAGAGAGAGAGAGAGAGAGAGAGAGAAAGCCUAGGUGUUUCAUUAUUUGGGGCAACAAAAUUCAGGAAUGUUUUGUUUGUUGUGGUGUGGUUUCCAUAGAGAAGGGAAAUAAUAUUUGGUGUUUGUUGGCUGAGGUGUUGGAUGUUGUGCUAAAUAAGUUUGCAUCUUUUAUAGAUACAGAAAACAAAGGCAACUAGUUAAUCACCGAGAGGUGGGAGAGAAGCGAGUGAGAUGGAGUAGGUUGAGCACAUUCCUUUUGGAGGGCACUGUCGACGACGUCAGGCUGUGGCAGGGAAGAGUUUCUGCCAGUGUGGUGGCCCUGCUGCACCUGCUCAGCUCUCCCUCUCCUGCAGAGCGUGCUCCAGAUGUCUGUCUCCUCUCUUUCACAUCCCAUCCUCUGUGAGUUCCAGCUAGCAGCCUUUGCAUUUGGGAAAAGGGAACCCAGGGGUUUCAGCUCUAUUUCUCUGCUCUUAUCCCUCGCUCACCAGCUGCGUGGAAAAAUGAACUUUUUGCACUCGUGGUCUACACUGCUUAGAAAAUCUCUCUUUUAGAUAAAGUGCUUUAUGAGUCUAUGGAAAACACCAGCACUCUCUGCAAACUGAGUGACCCUUUUUGAACAAUGGUGAGCAGCCCCUGGGCUGUCAUCAUCAGUGAGCUUUAAUGUCUGUUCUCACAGCGGGCUUUCCUCUCUCUCUUGUAGCAGGUUAUAUAGAUCAGCAGUGUUUAAGUCUAAACACAUUGUAAGUCUAUUAUCGGUCCUGUUGCAUUAUUUUUAUGGUCUUUUAUUCCCUAUCCUACUAAGUAAAUACCAAAAAAUU